UUGAGAGGGGGGUGCGGUUACUGUGUUACAGUACUGUGCUUGUUGUAUUUGCACUGAGGUACAGUGUUUUUUGCGGAGUUAGUAAUACAUUAGUAAUUUAGUCACGACAUUCUCUGCGUCUCCCGUUGGCUGUGGACGUUAUUUUUACAACACACGACACUUUAAACAUGAAUUAUUAAGCCUUGGACAUCUAAGACAGAUGGAUAAAGCCAAGCAAGCAAUUUAACAAACAGACACGUCAGCGAAUAAAAAUAAAAGUGCUCGCGUGUGACAAGAACACACGUGUUCAUCAGUCUCGUAAUCAUCCUUGGCGAGCUGUGGUCCGAACGCAAAUGAAAUCCAGCGUGACGUAACUCCCUUUGGGCAUUCAUUCCUUUUAUCAGUCUGAAAAGAAAACGUGAAAAUGGAAGAUGGAGGCUCCCGCAAACGGAAGCAGGACUUCCCACAGGUGCAGAAACCUGAAGACCGGCAGGACAGCGAUGUCAACUCGUCGUCCCCCGUGAUUACAGCAUUUAAAACGUUUCAGCUGGAACUCGACACCAGACACGACAAGUACGAGCGACUGGUCAAACUGAGCCGCGACAUCACCAUCGAAAGCAAGAGGACAAUUUUCCUGCUCCACAGAGUAACCAGUCCCAGCGUCCCGUCAGCGGAGGAGGUGCUGGCCGAGUCAGACGCGAAGCUGGACGGAGUGAGGCAGAAGAUCAAGCAGAUUGCCGAGGAGCUGCAAGGGGAAGAUCUGUACCAGUUCCACAAGGCCUUCACACCCGGGAUCCAGGAAUACGUGGAGGCCGUGUCAUUCCAGCACUUCAUCAAGCACCGCACUCUCAUCAGUCUGGAGGAUGUCAACACCCGCCUCGUGUUCCUGCAGGAGGACAAGUCUGAGGCCAAGGACCCCUCAGCUGAGCCACAGGAGAGAGAGGUUCUGGCCUUCCAGGUGACACCCAUCGACUACCUGCUAGGCGUGGCCGACCUGACGGGCGAGCUCAUGCGCAUGUGCAUCGGCAGCGUGGGCAACGGCGACAUCGAUACGCCCUUCCAGCUCAGCCAGUUCCUACAGCAGAUCCACGACGGCUUCUCCUACAUCGGCAACACGGGGCCCUACGAGGUCUCCAAGAAGCUGCACACGCUCCGGCAGAGUCUGGCCAAGGUGGAGGACGCUUGCUACACCCUCCGCGUGCGCGGUUCUGAGAUCCCCAAGCACAUGCUGGCCGAUGUCUUCGCGGGGAGGGCAAUGCCCAUGGACCCUGAUGAGGGUGUGGCCUAAGGUGACCUGCCCCCCUCACCACCACCACAUUUGUGUAGUAUGUGAUUCGGUGUCAGAAUAUCGUUGCUUUGAUAAGUGUCGGACAAGUGGAACUGGAGCCACUCUGUGCUUUUUUUUUUUUUUUUUCCUUUCCCCCCCCCUCUCCCUCCCCUAAUCACAUGCCCAGGGUGGAGGGGGUGCUGUGCUCG